AUUCUUAUUGUAAAAGCGCGAAACGAAGCUUGAAAAAUAUAUCAUUAAUAGUAGGAUGAUUAGGUCGACAUUGAACUCGAAGCUGGAAGUUGAAUCUUUAUGAAACUUAAAAGAAACUUGGAUAUAUUAAUUAAAUGAAAAUGAGUGGCUUAGCAGGACGUAUUAACAUUGACAAGCCACGCUGGGACCAGAGUACCUACUGGGGUCGAGCUAAGCAUUUUUUUACAGUUACUAACCCCUUGAAUUUACUUUGCACAUCUUCCGAGUUAGAGAAUGCUAGAGACAUUGUUACCAGAUAUUGGAAAGGAAAUGAAAUGCCAGGUUUAACUGAAGAUGAUCUCUGGCAUGCCAAACAUGUGUAUGACUCUGCAUUUCAUCCAGAUACUGGAGAGAAAAUGUUUUUGAUUGGACGAAUGUCUGCCCAGGUUCCUAUGAACAUGUCAAUUACUGGAUGCAUGUUAGCAUUUUAUAAAACAACACCUCAAGUUGUCUUCUGGCAGUGGAUUAACCAGUCUUUCAAUGCUAUAGUCAACUACACCAACCGUAGUGGAGAUUCUCCUAUUCCUUUGCCGUAUGUUGGUUUUGGUUUUUAG